AUGACGAGCGAGGAGUGUCCUGUGCCGCUGGGGAGCAUUUCCUCAGCAGGGCCAGGGCAGAGCGAGGAAUACGGCUUGGCGCAGGGUGAUGACAUCAUCGAAGAAGUGGGUCCAGGUGAUGACGUCAGUAUCGGCAGUGACCUGAGCACUCUUGUGGUGCCUUUUCCAGAGCUGGCGCCUGUGGUCUUCUUCUGCCUCAAGCAGACCACCUGUCCUCGCAACUGGUGCAUCCGUAUGGUCUCCAGCCCGUGGUUCGAGAGGAUUAGCAUCAUGGUGAUCCUGCUCAACUGUGUGACACUGGGCAUGUACCAGCCCUGUGAGAACAUCGACUGCACCUCGGACCGCUGCCAGAUACUGCAGGCCUUCGAUGCAUUCAUCUACAUCUUCUUUGCAUUGGAGAUGGUGGUAAAGAUGGUGGCUCUUGGGAUCUUUGGCCGUCGCUGUUACCUGGGAGACACCUGGAACAGGCUGGACUUCUUCAUUGUCAUGGCUGGGAUGGUGGAGUACUCACUGGACCUGCAGAACAUCAACCUGUCGGCCAUUCGGACGGUGCGGGUCCUGAGGCCCCUGAAAGCCAUCAACAGAGUGCCAAGCAUGCGUAUCCUGGUAAACCUGCUGCUGGACACUCUGCCCAUGCUUGGCAAUGUGCUGCUGCUCUGCUUCUUUGUCUUCUUCAUCUUCGGCAUCAUCGGGGUGCAGCUGUGGGCGGGGCUACUGAGGAACCGCUGCUACCUGGAGGAGAACUUCACCCUCUCUGCAGGUCUGACCCCUCCUGCUCCGUACUACCAGCCAGAGGAGGAUGACGAACGCCCCUUCAUUUGCUCCCUUGCAUCUGAUAAUGGCAUCAUGUCGUGUACUGACGUGCCGGCGAGGCGUGAAGGGGGACGCACAUGCUGCCUGGACAGAGAGGACGCGCUCCACAGACAGGCUCUAGGCUUGAGUCCUGAGCCAUUGGCCAACGGUAGUGGUCCUGGUGAAGCGAUAGGUCUGUGCAUCAACUGGAACCAGUAUUACACUCGAUGCCACACAGGAAGUUCUAACCCUCACAAAGGUGCCAUCAACUUUGAUAACAUCGUUUACGCUUGGAUCGUAAUUUUUCAGGUGAUCACUCUGGAGGGCUGGGUGGAGAUCAUGUAUUAUGUCAUGGAUGCCCAUUCCUUCUACAACUUCAUCUACUUCAUUUUACUUAUAAUUAUCGGUUCAUUCUUCAUGAUCAACCUUUGCCUGGUGGUCAUCGCCACCCAGUUCUCAGAGACCAAACAGCGGGAGCACCAGCUGAUGCAGGAGCAGAGGGCACAGUGCCUGUCCUCGUCCACGCUGGCCAGCAUGGCAGAGCCAGGAGAUUGCUACGAGGAGAUCUUCCAGCUGGUCUGCCACGUCCUCCGCAAGGCGAAGAGGAGAUCGGCAGCUCUCUACUACACACUGAGGGGCAAGCCCCCACCACCUGGUGGAGGCAGGGGUAACAGGCGCGGUGGAGGGAUAGUGAAUGGAGAACGGCAUCAUUCCAGGCACCCGAAAACAUCCUACUGUCCACACCAAAACAAGCAAGACCAUGGCUCUCAACAACUAUCCAACUCCAUCAGUCUGACUGUCCCUCAGAAUGCGGAAGACUGUCCUAUAUGUGCGCUGUCACUUAAAGAAGGGGCCAGAGCCGUGGGAGAAUCCAACGCCAAUGGGGAGGAAGACGAGGAGGAUGCAGUGAAAGAGACGGGCAAGGAGGAGAACCAUCUAGAGGAGAGGGGAGACGGAGAGAGGCAGAAGAAGAGGACAUGUUUUGGACAUUGUAGAGACAUUUGGAAUGAUAUGAGGAGGAAACUUUGGGGCAUUGUGGAGAGCAAGUACUUCAGCAGGGGCAUCAUGAUCGCUAUUCUCAUCAACACCAUCAGCAUGGGCAUCGAGCAUCACAACCAGCCAGAGGAGCUGACCAACGUCUUGGAGAUCUGCAAUAUUGUUUUCACCAGCAUGUUCACCCUGGAGAUGAUCCUAAAGCUGACUGCCUUUGGCUUCUUUGAGUACCUGAGGAACCCCUACAACAUCUUCGAUGGCAUCAUUGUCAUCAUCAGUGUGUGUGAGAUCAUCGGGCAGGCAGACGGCGGCCUGUCAGUGCUGAGGACCUUCAGGCUGCUGAGGGUCAUUAAGCUGGUGAGGUUCAUGCCUGCGCUGAGGCGGCAGCUGGUGGUGCUGAUGAAGACUAUGGACAACGUGGCCACUUUCUGUAUGCUGCUCAUGCUCUUCAUCUUCAUCUUCAGUAUCCUGGGGAUGCAUAUCUUUGGUUGUAAGUUCAGUCUGAAGACCGAGGCAGGAGACACAGUCCCUGACAGGAAGAACUUUGACUCCCUGCUCUGGGCCAUCGUCACUGUCUUUCAGAUUCUGACUCAGGAGGACUGGAACAUGGUGCUGUACAACGGCAUGGCAUCCACCUCGCCGUGUGCUGCUCUCUACUUCGUAGCUCUUAUGACAUUUGGAAACUAUGUGCUCUUCAAUUUGCUGGUCGCCAUUUUGGUUGAGGGUUUCCAAGCUGAGGGUGAUGCAAACCGCUCCUACUCUGACGAUGACAGGUCUUCCUGUAAUUUUGAGGAGAACGAUAAGCAGAAAGACUCUCUGCAUCUCUCAGACCCCAAGAUCUGUACGCUAACCCCUAAUGGACACCUGGACUUGUCCCCGCUGCCUCAUGGUCUGUUUCCAGGAGAGAGGUUGACAUUUGCUCUUGGCUCCAGGAAGAACAGUGUUAUUUCCCUUGGCAGGGCCAACUUGGAGCAGAAGGCUGUGUAUCCAGGUCGAGGUUACCACAACUGGGGCCGCCCACUGCCUACCCAGCCUCAGGCUUUGUGGGCCCGCCGCUCCAGCUGGAACAGCUUGGGAGGCUGCCGCCCCUGCUCCUCCUCGUCUCCCUCUGCUAGUCCAGCCUUCAACCCAACCUCUGCGCGGCCCUUCUACGGCUACGGCCUCGGGGGUCUUGGCGGAGUGGUUGGGGGAAGCCUUCGUAUCCGUGGUCCCCGUGCCUCUUCAUCCCCGCACCGCCACCUCCAACAUGUCCAUCCGGAUGAGGAGGAGUCUCUCCUGUCUCCUCCCCCUGUUGCUCCACACUCUCUUCACCUCCCCAAUCCUAUGCUCCCGGGCCAAUUUGUGCCCAGGAGGGACCGCAGAGCUCUAUCGCUAGAGCUGCCCCACAUGCUGCAAGUCCCAGGACCCCCGCACCCUCCACCGCCACCACUCCACGCGCCACCCCCCAUGACGCUCCAGGCUCACAACAGGAAGAAGAGCUUCUCUGGGGGGGCGGUAAUCAGUGGAGGUGGUGGGCUGGACAGUCUGGGUGGCCUAGUAGGGGUCCACCAAGACUGUAACGGGAAGACUCCUCUGUCUCAGCUUCUCCAGCCCCCUUCCAGACACCAAAGUGAACUGGCUGGCGGGACAAACCCCCAGAGCCAGCUGAUGGCUGAAGUCUUCCCGCAGGUUAACACACGCAGCAAGGACCGGGAGGACCUGGACGAUGACAUUGAAUAUAGCUUGUGCUUCCGCAUCCAGAAGAUGUUAGAAGUGUACAGACCGGACUGGUGUGAGAGCAGAGAGGACUGGUCUGUCUUCCUGUUCUCGCCACAGAACAGGUUCAGACAGAUAUGUCAGUCCAUCAUCGCCCAUAAGCUGUUCGACUACGUGGUUUUGGCCUUCAUCUUCUCCAACUGCAUCACAGUUGCUCUGGAGAGGCCCAAGAUCCUCCAGGGCAGCUUGGAAAGAGUCUUUCUCACCAUCUCCAACUACAUCUUUACUGCCAUCUUUGUGGGCGAGAUGACACUUAAGGUGGUGUCCAUGGGUCUGUACGUGGGUGAGCAGGCUUAUCUGCGGAGCAGCUGGAACAUUCUGGACGGCUUUCUGGUUUUUGUGUCUUUGAUCGACAUUGUCGUGUCCAUGGCGGGUGGGGCAAAGAUCCUAGGUGUGCUCAGAGUCCUCCGGCUGCUCAGAACACUGCGUCCCCUCAGGGUGAUUAGCAGAGCUCCAGGUCUGAAGCUGGUGGUGGAGACCCUCAUCACCUCCCUAAAACCCAUCGGCAACAUCGUCCUCAUCUGUUGUGCAUUCUUCAUCAUCUUUGGCAUCCUUGGAGUACAGCUGUUUAAAGGCAAGUUCUUCUACUGCUUUGGGCCCGACGUCAAAAACAUCACCAACAAAUCUGACUGUCUGCAAGCCAACUACAAGUGGGUCCACCAUAAGUACAACUUUGACAACCUGGGACAGGCUCUGAUGUCCCUGUUUGUCCUCGCCUCGAAAGACGGCUGGGUCAACAUCAUGUACCACGGCCUGGAUGCUGUGGCUGUGGACCAACAGCCGAUAACCAACAACAACCCCUGGAUGCUGCUGUAUUUCAUCUCCUUCCUCCUCAUCGUCAGCUUCUUUGUCCUCAACAUGUUUGUUGGUGUGGUGGUGGAGAACUUCCACAAGUGCCGCCAGCACCAGGAGGUGGAGGAGGCCAAAAGGAGAGAGGAGAAGCGUCAGCGGCGCAUGGAAAAGAAGCGCAGAAAAGCCCAGAAGCUGCCGUACUUUGCCAGCUAUGGCAACAUCCGCCUGAUGAUCCACACACUGUGCACAAACCACUACCUGGACCUCAUCAUCACUUUCAUCAUCUGCAUCAACGUCAUCACCAUGUCCUUAGAGCACUACAAUCAACCUCAUUCUCUGGAUCUCGCCCUGAAGUACUGCAACUAUUUCUUCACCUCCACAUUUGUGCUGGAAUCGGUACUCAAACUCAUCGCCUUCGGCUUCCGCCGCUUCUUCAAAGACAGAUGGAACCAGUUGGACCUCGCUAUUGUGCUUCUGUCAGUGAUGGGCAUCACCCUGGAGGAGAUCGAGAUCAGUGCUGCCCUUCCCAUCAACCCCACUAUCAUCAGGAUCAUGAGAGUACUGAGGAUAGCACGAGUGCUGAAGCUGCUGAAGAUGGCGACAGGAAUGAGAGCCCUGCUGGAUACGGUGGUCCAAGCCCUGCCUCAGGUGGGUAACCUGGGCCUGCUCUUUAUGCUGCUGUUUUUCAUCUACGCCGCCUUAGGAGUAGAGCUAUUUGGAGAACUUGUUUGCAAUGAAGACUACCCAUGUGAGGGAAUGAGUCGUCACGCUACCUUUGAGAACUUUGGCAUGGCCUUCCUUACCUUGUUUCAAGUCUCCACGGGCGACAACUGGAAUGGCAUCAUGAAGGACACAUUGCGGGAGUGCCCACCAGACAAUGGCAUUGAGGCGGACUAUGCCUGCAAUCCCAGCCUUCAGUUUAUCUCGCCCAUGUACUUUGUCUCCUUCGUGCUCACCGCCCAGUUCGUGCUCAUCAAUGUGGUGGUGGCCGUGCUGAUGAAGCACCUGGACGACUCCAACAAGGAGGCCCAAGAGGAGGCGGAGAUGGAUGCAGAAAUUGAGCUGGAGCUGGCCCAGGGCACCCUCUGUUGCAUGGGCGCCCCCAGCUGCGGGGGUGGGAGGGUGGAGAAAGGACUAGUUACUACUGGAUCCGGAGGCACGGCAGGGGGAAAGGAUAGAGGAUGUGCGAGUGGAGAGAGGGGAGAAGGAGUAAGGAGGAUUCGACAUUCAGCAGGGAGUGGACACCCAGGAGCGUACAACUCCCAUGACUCCAGCCGGACCCUGUACUCACCAGCACAAGAGAGCCAAUGGCUGGACAGCGUAUCUCUCCUGAUCAAGGAUACACUGGAGGGGGAGAUGCUGAUGAUCGACAAUCUCUCCGGUUCUGUCUUCCACCAUUACUCCUCUCCUCCACCUAUCUGCAAAGAUUGCAAGGGCCACCCACAAGAGAUCAGGAUGGCAGAGAUUGAACAGGCAUCGCUGAAGUCAGAGCAACAGUCAGACAAGUCCUCAUCCCCUGCCCUGCCAGAUGACCUCAGCCUGGAUGAACAUACUGCCUACCAGCUGCUGGCUCGAGAAGGCAAGGGGAGGUGCAGCAGCGACUCUCGCAGCUCUGAGGAGGCUGGAGGUGGAGGGAGUCAUGCAGGAGGCCGCCAGACUCAGACCGUGGUGCAGAGCCAACCCUGCCGGGCCCUCAGCGCUGGCAUCGAGAUGGAGACUGCACUACAGGAGAUGGAAAUGCAAACAUACCAAGCACAUAUGUGCUCACCUCACUGUAGCCCGGGUGGCGUUUCCAGCAGCAGUGACAAGGGAACAAACAAUGGAGGAGGAGGAGAAGGAGGAGGAGGAGGAGGAGGAGGAGGAGGAGGAGGAGGGGGAGGGGGAGCCAGUGGUAUGUCUCCUCUCUUCCAUCUGCCUGCAGAGUUCUUCCACCCUGCAGGAGCAGCCAUCCCAGCACCUCCCCGCAGCAGCCUUCGGUUGUCGAGGGGCCUCAGGCUGACCUCGCCAGCCUCCUGGGCUUCGCUUCGCUCCCCGGGAGCCCAUAACAAGAUGCUUUGUACACAGUACCCGUCCCACAGUGACUCGUCCCUCGCUACAGGCAGCUCUGAGGGCAGCCUCCAGACCACCCUGGAAGAAGGUCUGAGCUUCAGCAUCUCUCCGCCCCAGAACAUGGAGUUGCCUUUGCCAACAGCUCCUUUACCCCUUGUAUGCCCACUCCCGCUGCCUGAAGACGGCACUGCCAUUUCCUCCCCGGUCCAGACUCUGAGACCAAGACCGAGCCCCUCAUCAGCCCUAACCCUCCAGGCUACCAGGGGCCACCAGCGGAGCCAGAGCAGCGGCCGAGGUAGUACCAGCCCGGGCUACACCCGUGACGACUCAAUCGACCCUUCAGACGAGGACCUGGGCAUAGGUAUCGGAUCGUCAAUUGGCGGUUGUGGCUCCAGCCAAGCAGGCAACAGUGAACACUUGUCAGAGACGCUGAGCAGCUUGUCGCUGACAUCACUGCUGUCGCCCAGCUCUCUGGUUUACCCGGGAGCAGCAGUGAAGAAGUGCAACAGCACAGGCAGCCUGGACCAAGGGGGGAUGCUGCUGUCAUCCCGGGGCAGGGAGGGCCGCAGGGAGAUUUUGGGCUUGGAGCUCAUGGACCCUCAAGGCUUUUUGGCCAACCCCUGGACGGGGGUAUUAGUUGAUACAAGAAGAGGAGAAGGAAAAGGGGAAAUGGGAGAUGGCGAGCAAGGGUUGAAAGGGAAGAGCUCAAGCCAAACGACAGUAGGGCCUUGUCGGAAAAACAGAUGAAACCUACUGUUCACUCUUUCUUUGUCUCUCCAUUCCUUGGAUCUAAACCCAUAGCUGUCCCUCUCACUCUCUCUGCAUCCAUCAGUGAGAGAGAGGCUUGAUGACACAUGAUGUCCCGUAUUCAAGAACCAAACCCUCAUCUUACACCCUCAACCUCUUUCUAUACAUUUGUGACAAGCCCAUGUCCUAUUUUGUGCUGCCUAGGGGAGUGGUGAUAGCCUGCUGGUGAGGAAGUGGCCUGCACAGUUAAGGCCCAAGGGUAGAAGAUAGAUCCUUAAACCCUCUUCGGGGCUGUACCUGUAGAGGAAGACAUGGAAGGUUCUGCUCACAUUGGAAGACCAGGAGGCCCAUUCAUAUCAGGGAGUCAAUAGGAGCAGAGACAAAAGAGCUUAAACUCAAAGACACAUUGACGAGUCUUGUUGUUGCUCUGCUGUAGUUUCUUUUUCCCUGUGUCGGCUUGGGUUCACUGAGGUUGAAAAAUGCAAAAAUAGAAGUACCUGAAAUAGCAUAUCCAUGCCAGGGGAGACUGUUUUGAUUAUGUCUCGGAGGCAGUGCAGCAAGUGAAGUGGGAGGGGGCUUGGAAUAUUAUUAAGGCGGAAGGAAGGCCGGGAAAGGAGAAGGCAGGUCAUUUGUUUGGCUGGGAAAGCAGAAAGCGGAUCUAAUGUCCAUCUGUUCUGGCAGACGGAAACAACAGGUUCUACUCACUCUGGCGCAAGACCUUCUGCUGAGUUCAGAGUAAAAAAUGCAAGGUGGAGAGUUCAAGAGUGUGCGCUCGUAGCAUGUGUGUGAGAGCACUGCCUCGGGUAUCCAAGGCAUCGAUUAAAUCAUUCUCAUCACCUCACCAUACCUCUGUGUUUUUGAAAACAGGAGAUAGGUAUUGACUGAUCAAAGCUCUGUGCCUCUGUCAACCAAGUCUUGAGUGGCAGCGGAAAAUGGAAAGAAAUUGACAGAUUGCGGGGGUAUAACCGUGCAUGGAGUGAUUUGUGAAACUGUUUUUCUUUCUAUCUCCAGCAUCUCACUUGAGAGCUAGGUUGAGAUUUACAAACCCCAUCAGAAGUAACAAGGAUGUGUGCAUGGGGCAGCCUUGUGUACCCAAAAAAAAAACAAAAAAGGUUCACAGCUACUUAAUAAAGCAAGACUUCAAGCACACUCCUUUUGACACCACUUCCUCUCACCAUGCUUUAGGAUUUGGUAUGAAUGGACUCAAGAAUUUCGAGGGACCUUGACUGCAUGAUGGAAUUGCAUUUAACCAAGAUUUUUUUUUUAUCUAUAUACAGAAGUGUAUCAAGAUGUCAAUGUUGGGUGAUAACCAUGUGAUUUCUAUUCCACUAUUUUUGUAGAAAAGAGGAUAGGCACGUGCAAGUGUUGCCGUUACUUUGUCCCUAUUUCAUUUACCCCAUACUCUUUGACUCGUUGUCUAGGACUUUUUGUCUGCCAGUGGCUUCCAGUUUUAUAACAUUUUUUAAAGGUGUGGACGGUGUAUAAAACAAUGAAGCAAAAAAUUUCAAAACUUUGAGCGCUGAAGUGAUUGUUCCCUCCAGCACAUUUCUCUUUGGGAGCACUGGUUCCUCGAUGUGGAUUUUUUUUUUUUUUUUUUUUUUUUUUUUUUUGUCAAAUGUUGGAGUCCCAGGGGACAACCAGAGAUGGGAACAGCCAUAUUCACUCAGCACAUGAGGAUCGUUCUAGCUCACAGACAUACCUGGCUGCACACAGGGAACUUUGUUUGCUUUUAGCCUCCUAUGCUAAAAAAAGAACAUGAAUAGCAUAAACCAUCUCUAUGAAAGCUUUAAUUUGAGAGUUACACCACAACAUAUCGGACACAUUAGUGUUCCUUAAGCAUGGUUCUGGGAUUGCAAUACAGUAUGCUUUCUUUCUUGAAAUGACACCCUGAUGCACUCAUCUUUUUCUUCUACAUCUAUUUACACAUACAGUAUGUUGUAGCAACCCUCUCACACACCAUAGUUUGAUAUCAAAAAGCUGACACUGUAACAAUGAACAAAAUCUUUUUAAUGCAAGCUUAUUUUGGCU